GAAGCUGGAGUUUUUGGAGAAUUACUCCUAUGCCGUCUACGUCCUUCAGUUCCUCUGCUAUGCGGUGUGGCCGAAGACUGGUCUCGUUAGUCUGCCUUUGUUCCUGAUCUUCCUUUACGCGUCGGCGGUUCUGAUUGUCCGUUGCAUCCAGCAGCCAAGUCAAAAAUGGUGGGCAAACCACACAACUGCACGCCUCUUCGUGCCAUUCAUCCUGGCUGCCAGCUUUGUUGGACUGAGCUUUCUUCCAGACCCAGUUGGAACGAGCACGAGCAUGCCGGACAUCCCCGCGCAGCGCUGGAUUGACAAUCGAAGCAAGGACAUGCGUCUGGAGCUUUUGGAUCCCGAAGGCCAGCGCCUGGGUGCCAGGAUUAUUAAUCCAUCCCUCGCCAUUGCAGACGGUCAGCUGGUCGUGGUAGCAAGGCGCCACCGACGAGAGGUCACGAAAAGCAGCGGCCGUUUCAGAAGCCCCGAGGGCGAGGUGGAUGCCGUGUUCAUCAACCAGAUCUGGCACUCUGACCUCGUUGUGGGCAGUCAUCUCGACCUGGAUCUGUGGCCCUCUGGUCCUGGGGCCCAGAUAUCAAUGCAGAGUUGGACCGGCCUUCGCACAUCCACAGGCGGCAACUGGGAGGACCUGUGUGUCGCAGAAACGUGGAUCGCCAAGAACAACACGGUGAUUCGGCACAUCGUCACUGGCCCACAGGAUCCCAAGGUGGUAAGUGCUGGUGCCGGCGGUCUGGCCAUUGCUUUCGAUUCCAAUCCUCCCAAGAGUGACGACGGCAUACUCUGCCAAAGAAACGCUCAAGGCUUUGCAGACGCCGCAACUCAGAUGUGGCCUGGUCAAGCGUGUGGUAAUGCAAGCAUUUGGAUAUGUUUGGACGAGUAG